CUUCGGCCAAUAUACUAGUAAUCUGUGGCUUCGGCCUUCGUCACCAAAAUUAAAACGUGAACAAUUUCAUUUGAAAAUUAUUGUUCCAACUUGUACAUUGGGUAUGGUAUGAGACAGCUGUGUAAACAAUUUCAGUAAAAGACACGUUAUUGUUAGCUGCGGUGAAAAUGCCUGAAAUCGACAAGUUAUCACUUGCUGAAAUAUUUACGUCCGAGAAGAGAGGUAACGAUGAAACCGGCGAUGGCACGGAAGGUAACCCCUUCAAGACAAUAAUCCGCGCAAUGCGCCACGCCGCAAAGGAACCGUUUCCGCCGAUAUACGUCGAUUCAACCGAAGAAGGAAAAAUAUACACUGUUGCGGCUAAAUCGCAGCUAAAAAAGAUCCAGAAAAUAUGGGUCAGAGAGAACUACAAAGCCGCUGAGAAAGCUAAACUCGAAGAUGAAAACUCUGAGAAACGUCACCAAAAUUUGGAGGAGGCGAAAAAGAUCGUUCUCUCCGAAGAUCCCUCAUUACCUAAAGCGACUCUAGUCAAAAUAUUUGAAGCCUCUGAACACAGAGGACAGCGUAUCCGUGUCCAUGGAUGGGUUCACCGGCUCAGACGUCAAGGGAAGGGCCUGGCGUUCAUUACACUCCGAGAUGGCUCUGGAUACUUACAGUGUGUCUUGCACGGAGCCCUGUGUCAGACGUACAAUGCCUUGGUGCUGUCAACAGAAUCCUCAAUUACAGUGUAUGGUAAACUUGAAGCGGUGCCAGAAGGUAAAACGGCACCCGGUGGCCAUGAGCUGACGGCAGAUUACUGGGAACUGAUUGGCUUGGCUCCCCCUGGUGGUGCUGAUGCCAUUCUCAAUGAAGAAGCUUUGCCUGAUGUGCAACUGGACAACAGGCACAUGAUGAUUCGCGGUGAGAACACAGCUAAGGUGCUGCGAGCACGCGCCGCGGUGACGCGCGCCUUCCGCGAACACUUCGACUCGCGUCAUUACACCGAGGUGGUCGCGCCGACCCUCGUGCAAACGCAGUGUGAAGGUGGCAGUACUCUGUUCAAGCUGGACUACUUUGGCCAGGAAGCGUACCUGACUCAGAGCUCUCAGCUAUAUCUUGAAACGUGUUUGGCGGCGCUGGGCGACGUGUACUGUAUCGCGCAGUCCUAUCGCGCCGAACAGUCCAGAACACGCAGACAUCUUGCCGAGUACAGCCACGUAGAGAUAGAGAGUCCGUUCAUAACGUUCGAGGAUCUCCUGGAGAGGAUGGAGGACAUGGUGGUAGAUGUGGUGGAAAGAGUGCUCGCGUCGUCGGCCGGGGACAUCGUCCGAGAACUCAACCCCAACUUUAAGGCGCCGAAGAAGCCGUUCAAACGCAUGGACUACUCCGAGGCGAUAGAGUAUCUGCGCGAACACAACAUCACUAAAGAAGAUGGCAGUUUCUACGAGUUUGGAGAAGACAUACCGGAGAUGCCGGAGCGCCAGAUGGUGGACGCUAUCGGCGAGCCGAUAAUGUUAUGCCGGUUCCCCGCCGAGAUCAAGUCGUUCUACAUGCAGCGGUCCGCCCACGACCGCCGGCUGACGGACUCCGUCGACCUGUUGAUGCCCAACGUGGGCGAGAUCGUCGGCGGCUCCAUGAGGACGUGGGAUCACGAUGAACUUCUGGAAGGCUACAAGCGCGAGGGCAUCGACCCUACCCCGUACUACUGGUACACCGAUCAACGCAAGUUCGGCUCCGUCCCCCACGGCGGCUUCGGCCUCGGCCUCGAGCGGUUCCUGUGCUGGCUCCUCGACAGAUACCACAUCAGGGACGUGUGCCUCUACCCUCGCUUCCUCGACAGAUGCGCGCCUUAGAUGAACGCACGGGAUCAUGACGUCCACUGCGUCGAAAUCGGGUUAUACGCGAUGGCAAACAAAAUGUUACUUUUUUUGACGAUGCAUUACUUGGUCUCAUAAAAAUCAUUGUGAAGUAACGAAUGCUUAUUCCGAACUGUAAAUAAUACUGAUUUACAUCUACAGGGUGUAACAAAAUUAAGUGGUAAUACUUUUGGGGUGAAGUGUA